AUGCCGUCCACGGCGGGGCGGACGAACUGCGCACCGCAGCGCCGAUGGGAUUCCUCGACGGACGGUGGAUCGCCACCGGGCCUAGCGGCAGUGGACCGCGGCACAGGCUUCGAGUGCGGUGACGCCCAGGAGCGCAAGGAAUCGGCGCCCGAUGCGCCGCCGCCGACGGCCGUGUCGCCCGCGACGGCGUGGGACGCCGCCGAGCGCACCAAGCACAUGGCCAGGUACCGGCGCGAGGAGAUGAAAAUACAGGCCUGGGAAAACUGGCGACGGCAAAAGGCGGAGCUGCAGAUGAAGACGACGGAGGCCAAGGCGGAGAGGAUGAAGCGGCGGACGCAGGAGAAGAUGGUGAGCAAGAUGGCCUCGGCGCAGGCGGCGGCCAGGGAGAAGCGCGCGUAG